AUGGCUGCGCAGAUGGAUACCGAGCCCAGAGCUCACAAGGAAUACACUGUGGGAUGGGUAUGUGCUCUGCCAAAAGAGCAGACCGCGGCGACGGCCAUGCUGGAUCGAAGACAUGUUGGCCUCUCGAAGCCACCGAAUGACCCCAAUACUUACACCCUUGGAUGUGUUGGCAACCACAAUGUUGUGAUAGCUUGCCUCCCCAAAGGCCAGAUUGGCAACAACUCGGCAGCGAACGUUGCUGCAUGGAUGAUAUCGACCUUUCCGUCGAUCAGAUUCGGCCUGAUGGUGGGUAUCGGCGGCGGCGUUCCACCCAAAGUGAGACUCGGCGAUGUGGUGGUCAGCACGCCCAUGGGCCAGUUUCCUGGUCUGGUCCAGUGGGACUUUGGCAAGGCAAAAGAAGGCGGUAGCUUCGAACGGACCGGGUCACUGAACAAUCCUCCCACGUCCCUUCUCACAGCUCUAACAGCAUUGGAGACGGAGCACGACUUGGUUGGCUCUAAGAUACCGGAGUACCUAGAGGGAUUGAGGAAGAAGUGGCCUAGACUUGUCCCGAAGUACCUACCGUUUGAUUUACAGGAUAUAUUAUUCAAAGCAGAUUAUGAACACGCAAGCAGGCGCGCUCUGGAUCCUGAUGAUACCUCCGAUGUUGACAAUAUAGAUGAUGACGACGAGGAGAGCUGCCGAUUCUGCGAUAAAACACAGAUUGUGAGGAGGAAGACUAGAGACAUGGCUGUGCACUUCGACCUCGGUGGUCAUGUCCUAUGCAUCGAAAUGGAAGCGGCGGGACUGAUAAAUAACUUUCCGUGCAUCGUCAUCCGAGGAAUCUGUGACUAUGCGGACUCACACAAGAACAAGGAUUGGCAGGAAUACGCUGCAGCUAUCGCUGCAGCAUUUGCGAAGGAAUUUCUAGAAUUCUUGCAACCAACUGAUGUUGAGGGAGAACGGCCAGUAAAAGAAAUACUUGGGCGAGUUCUUGACACCGUAUCCCAAACUAGGGCAAACGUUAAAAAGAUGAGUAGCUACUUGGAGAAGGAGGAAGACCUCAAGAUGCUGAACUCGAUUACACCGAUAAACUACAGCCCUCAACAAAGCGAUUUCCUGGGACGGCGACAACACGGAACUGGCCAGUGGCUUCUAGACUCCACACAGUUUAACAAAUGGAAGGCGACUAAGAACCAGACAAUGUUCUGUCCCGGUAUGCCCGGAGCUGGAAAAACCAUCAUCAGCUCGAUUGUGGUCGACCAUCUCGACCAGGAGUUUCAGGCAAACUCAACAGUUGGACUCGCUUAUAUCUACUACAACUUCAAGCGGCAGGAUGAUCAGAUGAUCAAUAACUUACUGGCAAGUUUACUAAAACAGCUAGCUAAGCGGUGUGUGGCUCUACCAGAUAGUAUCAAAGAGCUCUACUGGUACCAUAAAGCCAAACAGACACGACCAUCAGCCGACGAAAUUUCCAAAUGUCUCCACAUCGUGGCGGCUACAUUCUCAAAACUCUUCAUCAUCGUUGAUGCACUUGACGAAUGCCAGGCAUCUAGCCGGCUGCCUUUCAUAUCUGAGCUUUUCAACCUUCAGACACGGCACAGUGCGAAUAUCUUUGCGACAUCGCGAUUCAUUCCAGAAAUUAUAGAUCAAUUCAAAGACAGCAUAUCAUUAGAGAUCCGUGCCACCGACGAAGACGUGCGGAUAUACCUAGAAAGUCAUAUGGGACAGCUCCGACCUUAUGUUCUGGAAAAUUGCCAACUGCAGGAGGAGAUCAAAACUUCUAUCUCAGAUGCAGUCGAUGGAAUGUUUCUGCUGGCGCAAAUUUAUCUUAGUUUCCUCGAUGACAAAUUGACCAUAAAUGAUAUUCGGGGGUCAUUGAAAAGCUUCCGCAAGCAAGAUCGAGGAUCGAGUGAAGACCACAAGACCGAGAUGUUAAGCCAUGCCUAUGAUCAAGUCAUGGAGAGAAUCGAUCAACAACGGCCGGGUUUGAAACAACUGGCAUUGAAGGUUUUGUCAUGGAUCACCUGUGCGAAGCGGCCGCUCAGCAUAACAGAACUUCAGUAUGCCCUGGCAAUAAAGGAGGGAAAGUUUCAGCUUGACGAAGGAAACCUGCCACAUAUCAGAGAUAUGGUAUCGGUCUGUUUGGGAUUGAUCACUAUCGAUGAUGAAAGUAGCAUCAUACGUUUGGUGCACUACACCACACAGGAGUACUUUGCACGGACUCGGGAAGACUGGGUUUCCAAUGCCCACACCGAAAUUGCAAAGUCUUGCGUCACCUGCUUGUCAUUUGACGUUUUCGAAGCCGGGUAUUGCUCAACGAUUUACGAUUUGGAUGAGAGAUUAUCCUCCACUGUUCUUUAUGGGUAUGCCGUGGAAAAUUGGGGAUACCAUGCCAGAUGCUCUCUAAUUGAGGACGACAAAUUGAUAUUGGAUCUUCUUCAGAACACCUCCAAAGUAUCUGCCUGUAGCCAAGCUAUGGUAUAUAUCCGAGAUUGGGAUUAUUUCGAACCUGAAAGGUUCGAAACGAAGAUGACAGGUUUACACCUUGCAGCAUACUUUGGACUUAGGACAUCCACAUCAAAUAUGCUGGAGCAAAAUGCAGAUGCUGAGGCUUCGGAUGUGAAUAGUCAAACUCCACUCUCAUGGGCGGCCGAUCACGGGCAUUAUACAGUGGUGAAGCUACUACUUGAGAGGAAUGCCGUCGUCGAGACUUCGGAUAUAAACGGUCAGACUCCACUCUCAUUGGCAGCCGAGAAUGGGCACGAUAUAGUGGUGAAGCUACUACUUGAGAGGAAUGCGAUCGUCGACUCUCAAGAUGAAUUUGGCCGAACUCCUCUCUCGCGGGCGGCCAAGAAUGGGCACGAUACAGUGGUGAAGCUACUACUUGAGAGGAAUGCCGUUGUCGAUUCUCAAGAUGAAGAUAGCCGAACUCCUCUCUCGCGGGCGGCCAAGAAUGGGCACGAUAUGGUGGUAAAGCUUUUACUUGAGAGGAAUGCUGUUGAUUUUCAAGAUAAAGACGGCCGAACACCUCUCUCGCGGGCGGCCGAGAAUGGGCACGAUAUUGUAGUAAAGCUACUACUUGAGAGGAAUAUCGUUGUCGAUUCGCAAGAUAAAGACGGCCGAACUCCGCUCUCAUGGGCGGCCGAGCAUGGGCAUGAUAUAGUGGUAAAGCUACUACUUGAGAGGAAUGCUAUCGUCGAUUCUCAAGAUGAAUUUGGCCGAACUCCUCUCUCGCGGGCGGCUAAGAAUGGGCACGAUAUAGUAGUGAAGCUACUACUUGAGAGGAAUGCUAUCGUCGAUUCUCGAGAUGAAUUUGGCCGAACUCCGCUAUCACGGGCGGUUAAGAAUGGGCGCGAUAUAGUGGUGAAGCUACUACUUGAGAGGAAUGCCGUUGUCGAUUCUCAAGAUGAAGAGGGCCAAACUCCGCUUUCACAGGCGGCCGAGAAUGGGUACGAUAUAGUAGUGAAGCUAUUGCUUAAGAGAAAUGCCGUCGUCAAUUCUCAAGAUAAACUCGGCCGGACUCCGCUCUCGCGGGCGACUAAGAAUGGGCAUAAUAUAGUCGUCGUGCUACUGCUUGCUCAGAAUACCGACAUCGAGUCUCGUGAUACUAAAAACGGACAGGCUCCGCUUUUAUGGGCGGCUGAGAAUGGACACGGUGCAGUGGUAAAGCUAUUGCUUGAGAAGAAAACCGAGAUCGAAUCUUCGGAUAGUGAAUAA